AUGGGUGAUACUUCACUUCCGUCCACCAGUAAAGCCGCUUGUGUUGAGAAUCCAGGGGCGGACUUCAAGGUCGUGGUUAGAGAUGAUGUUCCUGUGCCUCAGCCAGGCAACAUGGAAGUCCUCAUCAAACUCUCCGUGACGGGGAUUUGCUACUCCGACCUCCACUAUAUGCUCGAAGACCUUCCGAUGCCCAAGAUGUCCGAGUUCAACGUUGUCUCACCGGGUCAUGAAGGGGUAGGAACAAUCGUUGCUCUAGGCACAAACAUUCCGGUCUCGCUCAGUCUCAACCUUGGCGAUCGUGUUGGUUUGAAACCCGUGUAUACGUCGUGUAACUCGUGCUUGAUGUGUACGACAGAUCGGGAGAUGUACUGUUCUGCAUCGCUGCAGACGGGCUUGCACAGACCUGGGACUUAUCAGCAGUAUGUGAUCGGUGCGGCGGAGCAUGUGGUCAAGAUUCCUGAUGGGGUGCCGGAUGAUGUUGCGGCGCCGAUUAUGUGUAGUGGUGCGACUAUUUAUCGUGGUAUCACGGAGGCUGGACUGAAGCCUGGUGAUUGGGUUGCGUUUGCUGGUGCUGGUGGGGGUGUUGGGCAUAUGGGGGUGAUGUAUGCUAGAGCAAUGGGCAUGAGGGUCAUCGCCAUUGAUGGUGGAGAGGAGAAAGACCAGAUGUGUAAGAAGAUUGGAGCGGAGCAUUUUGUGGAUUUUACCAAGGUCAAGGAUGUCAACGCGGAAGUGAUCAGGCUGGCCGAUGGAUCGGGAGUGCAUGGCUUGAUCGUCACAGCAACUAGUGCCGCAGCAUAUCGAAGUGGUGCAGGCAUGCUGAGAACUUCGGGUGUGCUAAUGUCGAUCGGCUUGCACGUACCUUUGAUUGCAGACCCGUUGACAUUGGUAGGCAAGAACCUAAAGAUCACAGGCACUGCAGUAGGGACCAGGAACGACGUUAAGAUGGCUUUGCAGUUCGCGGCACAGGGACUUGUCAAGCCAGUCAUCGAGCAUUACAAAUUCGACAAGAUUCCUGAUGCUGUAUACAAAUUGAAGAGUGGCAAGGUUGCAGGUCGCUGCGUGGUGAGCUUCGAAGAUUAG